AUCUUUGUCAGCAGCGAUUUUGAAGUAGAUUAUGGAUCGAAGGAGCAUGCAACAAUUGUCUAUGCUGCAUUAGCAGUUGAUAAGGAGUUGCAGUCAGACAAGGUUAAGAGGCAGGUGUCCAUUUUCGAUGGCAAGCUUCAAGUACACUUUGAGGCGGUGGAGGCUAGAUUUCUGCGUGCAUCAUUCACUGCAUUUGUGGAUCUAAUGAUUCUUGCCAUAAAAAUCAUCGAAGAAUUUGGCCAGAACAACAAAAAUUCUGAACGAAUAUGA